CUAUGAUUAUCAUGAUCAAAAUGUUAUUAUGUAAAUUGUUUAUUUAUAAAUAAGUAAUUCAUUAGCGUAUAGAAUUCAGGGUAAAUUUGAAGUCUGUAUCUUCAAGUUACGAAAUAAUAUUUAUUUACCCGUUUUGAGACGUUAGCCGUAAUUAUUUCACAAAUUAUUAUAGAGUAUAAUUAAAAUGGCUGACCAAAGGUUUUGUUUACGAUGGAACAAUCAUCAACCAAAUUUAGUAAAUGUUAUGACUGGUCUAUUGAACAAUGAAAUGUUUGUUGAUGCAACUAUAGCUGCAGAAGGUCGUAAAAUUCAAGUUCAUAAAGUUGUCCUUUCGGCAUGCAGCAGCUAUUUUCAAAUGUUGUUCAAUGAUACACCAUGCAAACAUCCAAUAAUCAUAAUCAAAGAUAUGUCUUACAACCACUUAAAGAUUCUUAUUGAAUUUAUGUACUAUGGAGAAGUAAAUAUUUCACAAGAUCAGCUACCAAUAAUUUUAAAAGCUGCAGAAAGUUUACAAAUUAAAGGAUUAGCAGAAAAAUCAAAUUUACUCGGAACCCCUCAAUCUAUAGAAACUGAAUAUAGUUUAUUAUCACCAUCGUCAAAACGUAAAAAAAUGCAUUUAAACACAUCAAGUGAUAGAUCAGAAAAUAACAGCUCUCUUGAUGAUGCCCCAGCCAAGACUGAACAAAGCAAUUUAGCAAUUAGAUCUCAACCUGUAGCUCAUGGACAUGAAUCGUCAAAAUCAAUUAGUAGUUGUAGUUCUAGUGGUGGAAUUUCUAAACAAUCUCCUACAGAAAAUGCCACAGUCAAUCAAAAGUCAUCUGAAGUUACCAAACGAGUUAAAACUCUUGUACGUCAACCUCAUUUAAAGAUCAAUGAUUAUGAAAUCAAAAUAGAGAGUAAUCCAUUAAUUAAAAAAGAAUCUAGUGAAGAGCCUGAACCUAUUAUUAGGGUUCUAGAAAGGCAAUGUUCUGAACCAAAUCCUUCAUCAACAAAUAUGUUAGCUGUUCCUAAACAAACUAUAGUCAAACAAAAUUCACAACCAUCUGAACCUACUAAUUUAUCAAGAGGAUAUUUGAGUGAUGAAUUAUCCUUAUCUAUAACACAAACAAUUGAUACAUAUAAUGGAUCAACCCGUUCAGAUCAUUGUCCAUUAUUACGGACUGGCCCAGCUCUUGGAUGUAGUUUUUGUUGGAAUACAAUUGAUACUCGAGGGAGAUUCUUAAGAAGAAAAACAAAAUACCAUUGUCCAGAGUGUAACAUUAACUUAUGCUUAGUUCCUUGUUUUCAAGAAUUUCAUGAAAAACAAACUCAAACCAAACUAAAUGACUCAAACGAUGAUUAUCGAUCUCAAAAGACUACUAUCGAAGACAGUUCAGGUUCUGUGUAAACUUGUGAUAUUCAUUUGUAAUUUAUUCAACUUAAAUGUUACCAAUUGUUACUACUUAAAGUUUAUCUUUACUAAGUAUUUUUUUAGUGAAAAAAAUUUAGAUUUAUAUUUUUGUUAAAACAAAUUUGAAAUGUGUAUAUUUUGUUGGUGUUAUAUUAACUAUAAGUUGAGAUUAAUCAUGUGGU